AAUUUAAAGAACUCGCUACUCAAUCAUAUCACUCAACUACACAACUCAACACAAGCUAUUCUUAACCAGGUGAGUCACAAAAGAAAAUACUGUACAUUUAUUAUCUCACAAAUGUAUUCAUGGAAAAUAUCCAUGACUAUUUUGAUGGCUGAUAAUGAGUGCACUCAUUCCUAGAAAAUGUACGCCUAGAAAAUCCCACCAAGAAAUCUGCCAUGGAAAAUUGCGGUCCUGAAAAAUCUGCACCCAACCAGAGAAGCAUGGAUUGAUCGUUGAAAAAAGCCAUUAAUAUAUGUUGUUCACUAAAGAUACCAUUGUAUCAUAUUUGUUUGCAUUGUAUUCUAGCUUUGUAUGGCUGUUGCUGAUUUUGUUGUUCAAAUGCCACAAUGGUCUAACCCUGUUAAAGAUCUUGUUGAAAAGUUAUUCGUUGCUUAACCCAUUAAGCUGCAGACAUCUGGUGUUAGACAAGUAAAAAAAUAAGUAGGAUGCAUUGUGGCUCCUAAGAACUUUAUAUUUUUUUAGAUUCAGCAAAACCAUACAGAUGAUUCCUGCAUUGUUGGAAAUAUUAUUAUACUUAACAGAAGAGGUAAUACGCACCACAGAUAUUUUCUUCUUUACUCUUAUUUAUUUUGUAGUAACAUUUGACCAAUUAUUGGGCAUGACUCUCCCUGGACCUCCAGGAAGAACAGUCUGGACAUACCCAACAUGGCAAUCUAUUCAACAACUGUUUUACUUCUGUAGGUAAAAUAUGAAAAUUUGCCUGUUGGAGCAAACAUACAGUAUAUGAAGAAGUUACAAAUCAAUUAAGAGAAUCCUCACUUGUCGUCAUCCAACUACUUGUGCGUAGUGUUGAAAUACCUAAUAGACAAUCUAAACAAUGUGAAAAGCGACUUUUUAUAGUUCUGUAAACUUACCAUUCAUACAUGCAAACACAGCGAUAAAAGUUUACAUUUUGUUGUGGAUACACUUUCAGACUUGGGAGAGGCAGUGCCCCAACAAAUAAGGGAUAAACUGUGCAUGUAAAAGGCUUAUUGAGUUUUGUUUUUGCAGAAUGCAUCUGUACAACAAUGUAGAACAGAUACUACUAAAUGUUGGUGUUAUUGGACAGUUUAUUUCACCACAAGUUUUAUUUAAUAUAUAGUUAUACACGGUUCAUCAAUAAAACUUUGCUUCUCUUUUUAAGAUAUUUUGCUGUCUUGGUGGUUGGUUGUUGCUGGGAGCCUACCCACCUGACGAAGUUAUGAAGAGUCGACUUUUUCCUGUCUUAUUUGAAACUUUGGUGAGUUUGAAAAUACGAUAGACAACGACAUUGACUUUUUAUGUUUUUGAUCAACAGCCACCGCAUCUUUUGUGGAAUUUUCAGUUUCCUUUAUCUUUCAGACUCUCUGCUGUUUUGUUAAUGGUUGAGUUUGUUCAUCAAAAAGUGUUUUUUGAUUGUAUAGUGUAGUUUUUUUUAUUAAUAUGUGUUUUAACAUAUUUAGGUGAACGACAAGGCCAGUCAAAACUUGAAAGAGGCUGCUACUGACGUUCUUUGUUAUGCUAUCUUUUCUGUGGGUGUAUGUAUUGACAUUUCUACAAAGGUUAUAUGUUAACAGCAAUGUUAAAAUUGGUAAUCCAUUGAGCACCAGUGCUCUCAAGCAAAAUCGUCUGGCAUUAGACAGUGUGAAGUAAUAGUAUGUAUAGGUUCAAAUAAAUGUAGCAUUGGGCGUAACUCAAUGGGUUAAUCAUGUUUCUCUAACUACUCUGGUUUAAAUAAAUGAUUACAAAGCCCAGUUGAAUUGUAAUCAAGACUCAACGUUUCGACACUCCAGUCUAGUGUCUUCAUCAGGAGUGAUCUAAAAUUGCAAUUGUGGCUUCUUAAAUACCCAAGGAAUGACGUCACCUGCCAAUGAGAUGCAUAUAUUCCUCUGGCGAAUAGGCACCGUCAUCCCUAUUCAGAGCAUGAUUACUUAUAUUUAUAUGCCACGCUUCUAGGCAAAGUCUUCGACCAUAGUGAUUGUUUGUGGUAGCAAUUUGGUAGUUUGUGUUAUUGUCAAAGACUUUGCCUAGAAGCGUAGCAUAUAAAUAUGAGUAAUCAUGCUUUGAAUAGGGUUGACGGUGCUUAUUUGCCAGAGGAAUAUAGGUAAUCGUCCCAUGUUUCACGCACCAAUAUAGUAAACGUUAUGUAAUGGAUAUUAUAGUCUACUGAAAAGUUAACUGAAUACCUCCAUACAUAUAUACACACACACUAACCUUAAACCUAUCCUUAACCCCAGUAACCUUAACCUACUGUAACCCUAAUACCUAACCUCAACCUAACCCUAAUACCUAACCCUAGCCUCAACCUAACCCUAACCCCUAACCUCAACCUAACCCUAAUACCUAACCUCAACCUAACCCUAACCUCAACCUACAGUAACCCUAAUACCUAACCUCAACCUAACCCUAAUACCUAACCCCUAACCCUAACCUAACCCUAAUACCUAACCCCUAACCCUAACCUCAACCUAAUACCUAACCUUAACCUCAACCUAACCCUAAUACCUAACCCCUAAUCCUAACCUAUACUGGUGUGCAAAACAUGGAACAAUAACUGGAAUAUAUGCAUCUCAUUGGUUGCAGUGAACGAACAAACUCUAAAUCAAUGGGUUAUUAUUUAUUGUUUUAUAAAUCAAUUUACAGGAUUUGGAACCACAGUGUCAGAUGGCGGCUGCUCUCUCGUUUGAAGUUUUAAAACUUGUGCCUAUGUAUGAACAAGCAAAAAGUAAUAGUGAUCAUGACAGGUAAGAGUGAAGAUUAUGAAAUAUACGAAAUGUUUCUACAUUUUUUCAAGCUGGAUAACGAUACGGUAAGAUGAGACGAUGUAGCUGCAACUAAUUGUAACGCAAUUAUGUUUGUGGUGUUAUUACUCUGAGUGUAAAUCCACAGCGGGCAAGCUGUAAAGUUUGCCUGACCAUAGUGAGAAAUUCGAACCCGCGACCUUUGCAUGAAUACUAGACCAACUAAGCUACUAACUGAGCUACGAGGUCAAGUCGGCUCGCAGCUCAGUUGGUAGAGCAGUUCAACAGUAGUUCAAGUGUUAUAUAUCAAAAUCUAAGUUAUUCUACAUUCAGUUUUUUGGGGGGACACCCGGUAGAUUAAUGUUCUUGCUGCGUCCACAUUUCCGUAACACUUACUGAGACCACUUACUGACCGCCCGCGGCCAUCACAAUGAAUCACAUUUUUCUCUUUUUUUUGUCUCCGGGUUAUUCUUGAAGAAAAAAUGCCCAGAAACAAACCAGUGUGGACUCCAGAUGUGGAGGGGCAUUUCUGGAACGCCCAAAAACUGUAUCCACCCUGCGGUUGCAAGAAGACAUUUCUACCUGAGCAAGGGAAGUCGUUCGGUAAGUGAUUCGAGCUUUGUCCUUUUGAUCUUUCAAAAUCGCGUUGUUUCAUAACUUUGUCGUCUGGUAUAGAAAUGGCUGGCAACUACGUACUGUACAGAUUGAAAGCCGAUGCAGGGGGCGGUUUUUCAAACGUAAGUCGAACGCCUAAGGCGUAAGACACAAUAGGGGUCUGGGGACAUGCAAUUUUCCCCCUUCCCCGGAAAGUAAUUUCAAGCGUUUUUUUUUUGGGGGGGGGGGGGGGGGAGAUUUUGCAAAGAUUAUAAAGUACAUCAAGCAGAUGAUUUUUUAUGAUCUUACAAACGUGCCUUCUUCCAGACAUUUCACUAACAGAGAGUCGUAUUAGUUUCUAUAGCCUUUGAGUUUGGCUCAUGAAAUCCUUUGCAAAUUGAAGUGAUUACCCAUACACAAUUUCCUAAGCUUAUUUUACAUCAUGAAAUGUGGCUCUUCAGAUUAUAAAUCGCAUCCAAUGGCGGGGAAAUUACGUCUACAUUUAUAUACAUUAAGAUUUCGAAAAAAAUUUAAAUUUUAUGCAAUCCAAUGAGAAAGAAAAAAAAAUCAUGCAGCAUACAAUCGAGAAAAAGAAAUAUCAUGCAAAAGAGAGCGCUCAAAAAAAUUUCUACAUGCCAAUCUACUGAUGUUCUUCACUUCAGUAUUGUGUCCACAGGCUUGCAAAAUUUUGCAUUUUUGAGCAGGCAUAUUUGCUUAAAAGAACACGGGGGUGAACAGUGGACAACAUGAGGGGAUUUUACCGCCUUUGGAGCCUAUAAUAGCCAGUGGCGUGCCCUGGCAAAAUUGUUGCCCCCCCCUGAGAAAAUCUGGGCUUAAGAUAUGUACAGUUAUUUAUAUAUAUCUAAUAUGCAUGGUAGAAAAAGUAUUUUAGAUGGUUGAGUCUGUGUGCGUUUUUUGAUAAUAUAGCUGCAAGUUGAACGUACUGUAUAUACGAUGAUUUUAAUGCGAAAAUGCCAGUUUAGAGAGUCUAAAUUUUAAAAACAAUUUCUGAAGAGAAUGCAUCCCGAUCCCCAACAAGCUAUCUGUAUGAACGACAGAGCUAUAUUUGGUGGAACAUUGUUGUUUCGGAGGGCAGUUAAAAAUUGCAUUAUUGAAAUCUUUUAUUACAUAUUAACCAAAGUCGCUGACAUACGCUAGGGGUACGUUAGGCAUACGUUGUAUACGUUUCAAGCACGGUCGCAUACGCUGAGUUGUUCAAAAAUUUUGUGCGUAUUGGACGUAUGCUUUAUACGAUAAGCAUACUCUAGGCACACGCUGAAUACGCUAGAGGUACGCCAGAUGUACGGUACUCAUACGCUGGCAUUUCAAAGGAUUUUUGUGCGUAUGAAAAUUAUUUCAUUAAUUUUCAUACGCUUCUCAUACGUUUCUCUCAUACGCAAUAGUGUGACAGGGCCUUAAGAUGUGGCAAAUUAGUAUUAAUUGUUACAAGUAGUGCUGUUAAUGGUCACGUAUCAAUGAAAUUUCCUUUGGGUAACAAUUAUGAAUUUCUACAUUUCACAUUAAUUUUACUGAAAUAUUGCAGCCAAAUUAGGAAUAUUUAAGUUCUUUUCCGCACUGUUCUAAAACAAUUCUGAGAAAGUAAAACCUGAUUCUCAGACCUCACUCUAAUUUUAUAACAAUAAAAGCAGCAAUGUGUGCCUUAUUUCAUGAUUUUGCCCACCAAAUGGGAAGACUUUAUAUCUUUGUACUCUUUGUCAUCAACAAAGUACAUUUAGCAGACAAUUACCAUCAGUGAGGAAAGUCAUCUGGUGUUAGUCAGAAUGGAAUUGGGAAGUAAUAUUCCGAAGUUUCGUUGCGAAAUGUUGUAAAAUGCGGAUAAUAUAGCCAUGCGAAAUUUGCCGUUUUUCAGUCAUUUUGUAUUACAAACGGGAAAUUGAUGCCCCAGCACCUGAUUGGGCUGUCAAUUUCCCAUGCGUAAUACAAAAUGACUGAAAAACGGCAAAUUUCGCAUAGCUAUAUUAUCCGCAUUUUACAACAUUUUCGCAACGAAACUUUGGAAUAUUACUAAUUUUGUGAUGCUCUUUCAAGCUGUGAUGAAAUUUUUGUCUAGAUCAAAAUUUUAGUUAUAAUGGGAAAGGUCCAUUGUCAAGAAUCUUUCACAAGGGCAGACAGUACCCCAAAAUGGCAGAUUUUGGCCUUCGUGAGAAAGGCUACUGUAUUUGGGCAAUAGCCUGCAUGUUGGGAAAUCUGCUUAGCAAUGAGGGAGAAACUUAAAACGUUAUGGACAAGACAGUUAAAGGAAAUCUUUUGUCGGUUUACAAAUAUGUUUACUAAUAUAUGUACCCUUGUCAAUAUUUUACGCAUCUUUGCGUUCAGCUUAUAGUGCUAGGGCAUUCAAGUAUUAGCAAUACUUUAUUUCAAUGCUAAUUGAGCAAUAGCCUGUUGGGAAAUCUGCUCAGCAAUGAAGGAGAAACUUAAAACUGAAUAUAGUUUUGUAACAUGUAUUUUCCAGGUCGCAAUGAAAUGAUUUCUCGACACAUCAAGCUGAACACGGGGAAACAAUAACUGCCAAACAAGUAUCAGGGCUUUCAGAAUUAUUCUGAGUAGGUGUCUGUUUUGAUAAAGUAGGCGGCUGUUGAGAGGGGACGGUCUAGGGGGUCUUAAGCUAGUGUAUAUUGAUUAGAUUAGAUAGCAACUCACCUGAGCUCUAUAAGCAAAUUAUAAUGUAUCACUACUUUCAUUCUUGCGGAAGCCGUGAAGGGACUUCAGCUUUAGAGUUCACUACUUCGGACUUCAGAAUUCGGACUUCAUACUUCGGGCUUCAGAUUUGAAACAUUGGUUCCUUCCGAGCUUCGCUAACAGCUAACAGCCAACAUUGCUUUUCCGAAGGUGGCUAAUAUUUCAGGCACUUAUUCAGUCAAAGUUAUUAAAACUAAAGUCAAAGAUGGUAAGAACGAUUUGGACUGUAAGUGCACACUGUUGGAAUAUGAGUCAUUUGCAGGUUUGCAGGGCGAUAAAACAUAUUAUAUCUCAUUUGUGUCGGUUUUCUUUGAUCGUCCGAGGCUUACAACUAGCUAAUAUACCUUGAAUAAAUAAUUACAUCAAACUUUUCGACAAAAUGCAAGAAUUUUUCAUCAAAUAUUUUUGAAAAUGACAAAAUAUGUUAGAAAACCUCCACAAAUGAGAUAUAAGUUAGUUAUAAACCUCGAAAGUCGGUUUAUAACUGAUAUAUUGCCCUAGGACGCUGCGCGUCCUCGGGGGCAAUAUAUCAGUUAUAAACCUCCUUCUCGGUUUAUAACUCUAACUUAUUAUAUGGCUUUUCAAAAUUCUCUAUUCUGAUUGGUUGACAAACGGUCCGCAAAAACUCAUAUCCGGACCGUGGUCCAUAUUUUCCGUAUCUGGACUGGUGUCCCGGAUGUCGUUUAUCUGGCGGGAAACUUUUGCUUUGCAAACAGAAAAAACUUUUGCUUUUUAAUUUUCCAAUUGUGUGUCAUUAAAAUUUACAGAUAAAAAUUUAAAACAACCAAAUUGUUUUUGAUUGAGCAUGUAUGCCUACCGCAUAUUGUUACCCUGUGAAACUGACGAUAGCCGAUUUAAUUCGCGCGAAAAGCAUAUACUGACAGACUCAGUUCAGCCAUAUAAUAAACCGAUUAUUGACCUCGCUUGUUCGGUCUGUACUGUGAAAUAUCAGACCUCUGUUUUUUGCAUGGACCUCUCUCCUUCGUCGCUCGGUCCAUACUAAAAACCUCGGUAUGAUAUUUCACAGUACAGACCUUACGCUUGGUCAAUAAGCCGUUAUAAUACUACAGUAUUGUUUGUGGAAACACCACGUAAAUUUAUUACUGCAGUACAUUAAUUAAACUUAUUCUGUAAAUUUAUCACGCAAAUUUAUUACUUUAAAUUUAUUAAAUAUAUUAUUAUUUUUAUUUAUUACAUUUAUUUAUUAUUUUUUUAUUACUAAAAAUUCAUAAAUUUUUUAGCGAAUCCCAGCAAGCCUUCGCGCUCGUAUUCGACUUUUCCGCUUUGCUUGGGGACAACCUUGAUUUAAUUGAAAUAGCUGUAUAUAACAUCAUAUUCCAACAGUCUGCAUUUACAGUCUAAAUCGUUCUUACCAUUUUUGACUUUGGUUUGAAUAGCUUUGACUGAAUAAGUGCCUGAAAUAUUAGGCAGCUUUGCAAAAGCAAUGUUGGCUAUUACUGUAUUAGCGAAGCUCGAAACCAAUGUUUGAAGUCUGAAGUCCGAAGUCUGAAGCGCAGAAUAAAGAUCCAUACAGAAGGGCCACUUACGUCGGAAGCUUUGGAGCUUCUGUCCUCGUGCAUGUUGCAUUACGCAUGUUGGCCGACACGUUGCACCGCUGAGUGCAUCACCCUUCUGUUACUGAUCUUUAUUCUCAGUGUCUGAAGUCCCUUCACAGCUUCCGUACAUUCUUCAAUAAGAUAACUUCAAGAUUUAAUAUGGCAAAUAACUAAGUCGAUUUUACGAAAUAGCACGCUGUGUUCGAAAAUAACCAGACUAUAAAGUAUAGACCAACUGACCAAGUUGAAGAAACAUAACUUUGCUUGAAAGCUUAGAGUUGGAGGAAGGAGAGCAGAACUGAUAUUUCAAGUAUUAAACAAAGUAACCGGCGGUGAACCUCGUGGCACCCGCCAGAGCUCCAGCGGCCGCCGGCUUAUUCUGAAAGCCCUGAGUAUGUUUCAGGAGUGAAUCUUUAAGUGGGUCAUUCCUGAUUCACAUACACACACCUCUCAUGGAGGGAAUUUUGCUGUCUGGAGGGGAGGAUCAACUUCCCAUAAUAGUAAAUUUACUAUGAUGCUGAGGGGGGGGGGGUCUUCCAUCUUCCAUGUGGGAUGUGUGAAUGUUUCUGGAAUGACCCAUUUAUACAGGACUACAAUCAGUUGUAUAUAACUUUGACUUUAUAUCUUUAUAAUUAUCCUAUUGUACUGGAACAGUCUAUAUCCUUUAUAUCUUGAUAUCCUUUAUAUCUUUAUAUCCUAUCCUUUAUAUCCUUAUAUCCUAUUGUACUGGAACAGUCAAGUACAUCAGCCAGGCAGCACUCCAACGUCAUUUGGAGAUUUCCCAACAACACAUACCAGAACAUUCUUUGGAAGCAGUCCUGGGUCAUCUUCAGCGUUAGUACCCAGUAACAGUAUAUCAGUUCCCCAAAUGAAGAGAUGGUGAAUAUGAGUGUAAUUUAAUCUUCUUAUUCCUAGAAGUGUCGACAUUUCCAGGGCGUGAAAUAAGUCAGAAGGAAUGUGUUAAAGAUGUACUGUAUACUACACAUCAAACUAAAAAUCUCCUUGUCUUUUAUACCAGAUCUUUCCUUAUUAAGUAAGUAUGCCUGUAAAAUAUUACAGCUUGUCAGCUAUAAAUUGCUAUGAAUUUCAGUACUCAAUUUUUUUAUGGCUCAAACUUUCCUCAAUGUUCUUGUUAGAACCUCACAAGUCACGUUUCCUCUAUAGCAAGUUAUUCGCCGAUUCUUCAUACACGAUUAUUAACAUUUUGGCAUCUUUGUUUGCAGUACUGGAACAGUCAAGUUAGCCAGCCAGGCAGGUCUGGAGGUCUUCCAACAACACAUACCAGAACAUUAUUUGGAGGUAGACCUGGGUCAUCUUCAGCGUUAGUACCCAGUAACAGUGUCAAUUCCCCAAACGAAGAAAUGGUGAGUAUGAGCGUAGUUUAAUCUUCUUAUUAGACAGAUUUAGAUCGAGGACUCCGACGUCAAAGACGACGUGAAAAUGGCGUGUUGUGCCCAUGUAUGGAUAUGCCACGCCAUUUUGACGCCAUUUUCACGUCGUCUUUGACGUCCUCGAUCUAAAUCUGUCUAUUCCUAGAAGUGUCGACAUUUCCAGGGCGUGAAAUAACAUUCCCAAAGUUUACAAUCAUGGUGAUCGCUAGUCAUGACUUUCUCUGCUGUUCUGCCCCGACCAUCAGGCCCGCCCAUGGGCAUAGAAGUACUCAAGUUACGCUGUUUGCGGACCUCAACAAUUGCCUUCUACUGCACACAGAACUCCACAAUCUGCCCAAGUCAAUACUAUCUCGUUUAGCUCCUUUGAGCCCUUCUCCCAACUAUUCCUUGGGUGAUUUCUUUCCUCCUUUCCUGGGGAUUUCACACCAGAGGCUGGUGACUGAUGUUACUUGCUCACUGUCACGUAGUGGUGCUCCUCUUCAGAGCAUUUUGAAAAUAGUCGUAGGGUAAGCAGGCCUUCGUUGUCCAAGAUCUGUUCUUUCUGCAGGACUUUCAUGACCUUUCUUGUCGUUCUUAAAGAACUCGUGGAUUUUCUUCUGAUUCCAUUUUUUUAUGGAAAGGCGAAGUUCCUUUUCGCCGCUUACGAAGUUGCCUCUGUUAUCAGAUCUCAUUUCUGCUGGGUUGCCUUUUCUUGCAAUGAAUCUUCGCAUUGCGUUGAUGAAUGAGUCUGUGUCGAGACUUGAUGCCACUUCUGUAUGGAUUACAAAUAUGGACAAGCAGGUGAAAAUCACACCAUAUUGUUUCACAUGACUUCUUUAACGCCACACGUAGAAUGGUCCAAAACAGUCUACGCCCGUGAGGUAAAUGGUGGGCUGCAGGGUGCCACACGACUUUCAGGCAGGUUUGCCAUUUGUUAUUUUCCAACUGAAGAUUGUCUUCGUAUGGGCAUGGUGCAUCGUGUGGUAAGGCAGUUGCACGGUAUCGUAUGACAUUUGAUGUGGUGUGACGUGGUAUGCCAUGCUAUGCUAUGGUAUGAUCGUAUUAAUAGAGACCUUACGAUUUUAGGACGGCGACGACGAUGGCCUAACCCCUAACAAACUUUUAAAUAAAUGGUAGUAAAGAUAAUUUGUCGUAUAUUAUCAAUCGUAUGAAUUUAAUGCAGUCUUAGAAGUUGAAGACAUGAAUUUUAUCGUAGGGAAGAGUUCUGCUGAACCCAGUUUGAAAUUGCACUUGUUGCUGCUUGAAAUGCAGCCGUUGUAUGAAGACGUGAACAUCUUUCAUUUCGCGUUGUAAACAGAGCGAAGGACAAUGUCUAAAUUAUUCAUAUAUUGUAAUUUUUCAAUUCUUUUCAAUGACUUAUUGUAUUGGUAACCGUUGCCGUCCUAAAUCAUAGGACGGCAACGUAAUGAGAAUAGAGACCUUAAGAUUGACGUUUACGGCAAACGUCAAACCGCUAGCGAAGUUUUUGAUUUUACAACUCUAUUAUAAUAGCUUUUACACCAGUUUUGAAAUAUGUUAAAUUUAUUAAACUUGUGCUCUUUAGCAAUGAUUUAAGAAAGCAAAUUAACCACUAGUCAUGCCAUUCACCAAAGCAGUAAAUUGAGAUUUGGCGUUUGAAGUUGGCGUUUGGCGUAUAAAUUUCAUGCUUGAACUGCUACGAGGGCUUGUAGUCGUUAAAGCAUGAAAUUUAUACUUCAAACGUCAACUUCAAACGCCAAAUCUUAAUUUACUGCUUUGGUGAAUGGCGUGACUAGUGGUUAAUUUUCUUUCUUAAAUCAUUGCUAAAGAGCAGAAGUUUAAUCAGUUUAACAUAUUUCAAAACUGGUGUAAAAGCUACAAUAAUAGAGCUGUAAAAUCAAAAACUUCGCUAGCGGUUUGACGUUUGCCGUAAACGUCAAUCUUAAGGUCUCUAAUGAUAGGUUCUUACUGUGAAUAUAUGGAACCAUAUUGUCUCUGAAUUUGUUUCUAGGCGAAGAAAAUCAAGGAAUUGGAGCGACAAUUGGAAGAUUUGAAUAAAUCAAAACUCGAAGGCGAG